AUGGCUGGCUGUGGUGAAAUAGAUCAUUCAAUCAACAUGCUUCCCACAAACAGGAAGACAAAUGAGUCGUGUGCUAAUGCUGCACCUUCCCUGACAGUCCCUGAAUGUGCUAUCUGUCUGCAAACGUGUGUCCAUCCAGUAAGUCUGCCUUGUAAACACGUGUUCUGCUAUCUAUGUGUCAAGGGAGCUUCUUGGCUUGGGAAACGUUGUGCACUCUGCCGGCAGGAGAUCCCAGAGGAUUUUCUUGACAAGCCAACUCUAUUAUCACCAGAAGAACUCAAAGCAGCAAGCAGAGGCAAUGGAGAAUACGCUUGGUACUAUGAAGGAAGAAAUGGUUGGUGGCAGUAUGAUGAACGUACCAGCAGGGAGCUGGAAGAUGCCUUUUCCAAGGGUAAAAAGAGCACUGAAAUGCUAAUUGCUGGGUUUUUGUACAUAGCAGAUCUGGAAAACAUGGUUCAGUAUAGGAGAAAUGAGCAUGGACGGCGCAGAAAAAUAAAACGGGACAUAAUAGAUAUACCAAAGAAGGGAGUGGCUGGGCUUAGGUUGGACUGUGACAGUAACAGUGUCAACCUGGCACGAGAGAGCUCUGCUGAUGGUGCAGACAGCACACUGACUGGAGGGGCUGCAGCUGUACAGCCUCUGGUGCCUGUUUCUGCUAGGCCCCUGCCAUCACUGGAUGGUCAGCUUGUGAGUCCUUCGACACCCUCUCCUGAUGCAAGCACUUCUCUGGAGAACUCUUUUGCCCACUUACAAAUAAAUGGAGACAGUAUGGCUGAAAGGAGUCAUAGAGGAGAGGGAGAGGAGGACCACGAAUCAUCAUCUUCUGGUAGGGUACCAGCCCCUGACACCUCUGUGGAGGAGACUGAAUCGGAUGCUAGCAGCGAUAGCGAGGAUGUGUCUGAUCCCCUCCAGCAACAUCCAUCCUCUGCCCAGCAGAGACACUUGAAUGCAAACACAAACCAGCCUGGAGCGGAUAGACCAGUGGCAGGGGGAGGGGUGGCAAAUGCAAGUGUAAGAUCUAGGAGGCCAGAUGGACAGUGCACAGUCACUGAAGUGUAAAUCUGGAGCCAUGCAAUUUAAAAACUCAGUCUCCUAUCUGUAAAUUUUCUGUCCACGUUGGCAUUGCACUCAGACCUAGCAGUGUGUUUGGUGGGAGGGUGGGGCAAAGGGAAGCAGCAGAUUUGGCCUAACUUAAGUCUUUUAACAUGUCUUAGCUGGAAGACUAACUGUAAGAAACUGGGUUGUCCUGUUAAUGGUUUGAAAGCUGCUUAGCAAUACCCGGUUUUCUUGAAAAUGUCUUGUGUUUAUUUUGUAGCAUUUUGCCCUUGAAGAUACUCUAUCCCUUUUUGGCCAAUGUAUAUCUACUGUACAACUUGAAUUGUCUUCAUUAUCUGAUUGUUGCAUUAAGUGUCUUACUACUUUCUGCAUGGAUUGAUGUAUGAAAAGAACACUAAAGCAACGUGGGAGCAGACACGAUGUUGGGUGUGAGCAGGAUGCUUAAUUUAAUGUGAGAAAAAUAGAUGUGAGUUUGGAGUUAAAAUGUGUUUUUACUAGGCAAAGAGCAAGCAUUUACCUUCCUUCAAUGGAAAUGUAAAAAUGCUGUUAACUUUUGUUGCAAAUUCUUACCUAUACACUUCAUGGCAUUUUCAUCGGCUUUACCAUCUAGUCCUUGUAGUUCUGUUUUUGAGGUCUUUCUUGAUCCGUCUUGUUUUUGUUACGGAAUUUAUAAUUUAAUAAAAUUACAUUUUAUCAGUAACCAUCUUA